AUGGCUGUGCUGCUGCUGGCCCUGCUGGGCUGCACCACAGGACUGGAUCCUGCCCUGGAGGACGCCUGGGAAGGAUGGAAGCGCCUCCACGCCAAGGAGUACCCAGGGGAGGCUGAGCCCAUCCGCAGGGAGGUCUGGGAGAAGAACCUGCGGCGCAUCCAGCAGCACAACUGGGAGGAGUCGCAGGGGCAGCACAGCUUCCGCCUGGCCAUGAACCACCACGGGGACCUGACAGACGAGGAGUUUAACCAGCUCCUGAACGGCUUCACCCCAGCAUGGCAGGAGGAGCCAGCACUGCUCUUCCAACCAUCAAAGGCCCUGAAGACCCCGAUGGAGGUGGACUGGAGGGCAAAGGGCUAC